AUGUGGACAGUACUUUUGGCCUCUGAAUUCCAGGAACUGCAAAAGUUACAAAGUUCACUAGAACAAAAAGAGGCGAACAGUACUCUCUUACAGGAUCGCGUCAAGCAGUUGACCGACGCGCUACAUGCCGCUCGGGGAGAAACCGAGGCGAUCGCGAAAAAGUUCACCUUGUUGGCUGAGACCGAGGCUAAAAUACAUCCAAACAAACAAACUGGCGACGCUAUCGGGAGCAGAUGCAGCAGUAGCAGCGGCAGCAACAAAUCAUUCACGGGUGGAGAUGCGAGAGAGGAGAAUGUGAAAAUGAUUCAUGCGUUUCUUCAGGUUCGAGCUGCUUCCGGUUAUGUCACAACCCCGGAGAUCAUUACUGUGAUGAGCGAGGUUUCACAGGCAACCGAGAACGAAUUAAUGAUACUAAGAAAUACCGAAAAAGAAUUCAACCAGAUUCGCAAUCGGCUUCAAGAACGCAUAGACGGUCUGGAACGACAACGGGCCUCUGACGGCACACGGAUUGACAGUUUGCGAGCGGAACGGAAUCAGUCCGAAUCCACUUUUUCUAAUAUUGUUCAUGCCGCGUUGGCACUGUCUGUUCGCAAACCGGUUAUCAAAGGUCAUUAA